AGUAAUAUUGCUAAGCCAAGUGAAGGAGAUCUGGAUGAAUUUCUUGCUUCAAACAGUAUACAACGUGUAAAAGUUCUUGGUGAAUUUCUUUUUGUUUCUUUGGUAAUAACGAUAAAGCAGCAGUUGGAAAAAGGAAUUUUAACUGCUGAAGGAAGAACACGUCUACAACAAUUAGGUGUUAUUCAAGGUGAAAACUUUGAAAUAAAUCACAUAGCAUCAGCCCUAAGUCAUGUCAUUGUGAAUGAAUGGCUAUGUAAUCUAUCCUCAUAUGAACCGUUCUUGACUUCAGGACAGGAUUAUGAAACAGAAGCUAAUUUGUUUUUGCAAGAUGGUCAUUUUGCUUCAGAACUUGGAAAUUCUAUACCUCUUGCUGCUUCCAAUGCACUGUCUCCCAAUUGUAGUGCUUACUCGUAUGUUGAACUUCCCAUUACUACCAAUAUGCCUACAAGAUAA